UCAAGCGACACCGAUUGGAAUAAACGCGAAAGCAAAAAGGGGGUGUUUUUUCUGCGUGUGCGUGUGUGCGAGUGUGCGUAUCGCUCCAACAUCUCCGGUCACGCAGAGCUGUGCGUCCCGCUCGCGGGCCGUUUUCCGAGCUCGCACGCGCAGCACGUUAUUAAUUCCAGUUUACGCUUUUGAUCGCUGAACUUCAAAGGGUUUGACCUGCGCUUUACAAUCGAGCGCGCGCGCAGUAGGCCAGUUUUGGGAUGCCUUAAACACAAUCCUGACAUGCCCAUAAAAGAGUAGGAGUACUCGUCGUGGGCUAAUGGUCAUGUUCCACACCAGCUUCCUCUCCAUGGACAGUUUAUAGAAGUGGACCCCUGGUUAUAUAGAGGCAUUUUGGCAGAGCGACCAUAUCAAGAACCAUGGCUAGCAAGAGGAAGUCCACGAUUCCCUGCAUGAUUCCUUUAAAAACCAUGCAUCUACAGGAUGAUCUUGAGCAGGGCGCAUUGUCUCCCGCUGCCAAGGAAAUUGGUUUCUCCCACAAAGUGGAGCAAGGCGAAAAAGCCUUCCACGGUUUAUGUGAAUCGUCAGGGCAAGAUGGUAGUAAUGCCCAAAAGGAUAAUGGCACUUACACCUGCAGGCCAUGUAACUUUGAAACACAUGACCUGAAUCUCUUCCUCGAUCACGUCUACAGCGGGCAUCCUGAGUUUCGCACUGACCCUUGCUUUUUCUGUGUAGACUGUGGGGUGAGUGCGGCAAAAUUCGAAGGCCUUGCUUUGCACAACGCCCGAGUGCACCCUAGUACCGUCACCACUACACUACAGCUAAAGAGGAAGGACAGAAAAGUCACUGUGGAGCAGAGCGUCAUCGCUGGUCCUGGUGAAAGCACUAGCUAUAAGGAAUCGGAGAUCUCCAUUACAAAGACGCCCAUUAUGAAAAUGCUCAAAGGGAAAUCGGAGCCUAAGAGGAUUGCCGUUUCUCAUCCAGGCGCAGAUGAAUCUACAACUGUGAAGCAAGCUGAGACGGCCGAUUCUCCAGUAGUAUCAGUCACCCACGUUCCUACAAUCGUGCACAACGGCGCGGCAAGCAAAGUCACUUUGCCGUCCGCAAUACAGAUAGUAAAUGGCUCCGGAGCCCUUCCUAUGCUCAAAACGGCCAUCACCCAAGUUGUUUCUGUAGUACAGAACAGAAGCGUCAACCAGCAGUCAUCUUCGGCGUCUUUAUCAACUUCAACUUCUUCCACUUCAAGCUCCAAAAACUUACCAAAGGUGAUGAUUCCUCUAAGCAGCAUUCCCACCUACAAUGCGUCCAUGGACAACAGCAGCUUCCUAAAAACGUCCUUCAGCAAGUUUCCGUACCCAACCAAGGCCGAAUUGUGCUAUCUCACUGUAGUUACCAAGUAUCCCGAAGAGCAGAUCAAAAUCUGGUUUACCGCACAGAGGCUUAAGCAAGGAAUUAGCUGGUCACCAGAGGAGAUAGAGGACGCCCGCAGGAAGAUGUUCAACACCAUCAUACAGACAGCGCCUCCUGCUAGUCAACAUCGUCAGACUCAGCAUAGCACCUCUCAGCAAACCAUUACAGUCCUUCCGGCAUCCUUGGGUACAUCCAGCAUCCCUCACAUUUUACAAGGCAGCCUGGUCAGUCAAGGAGGCGUGAUCGUCACACAGCCCAUGAUUAGUAAUGGGAUACAGGUCAGCAGCGCCCCUGUUGCCCUGGCUGUAACACCCAAGCCCCAGGCUGCUGCCAAGCCCACGAUGCAGGCGAAGCCUGCUGCUGCCCUGGUGGCUGAUAAGGGGCUAAACAUGGUGGUGGGCAGUGUUGGAAGCAGCAAUAGUGGAAAUAACACCAUCAUUAGUAGCAGUAGCAUCACUGGAGGCAGCGGUAAUGGCGGCAGCAGCACAAGCAGUAUUAUUAGUAGUGUUAGCACAAACAGCAGUAGUGCAAGUAAUCACACCAGUGUAAUCAGCAUGGGCAUCAGCAGCAACGGUAAAAUAAAAAGCAACAACAAUAAGGUCAGCACAUCUAGCACUAAUGGCAGAAGCAGUACACCUAGCAACAACAAUAGCAAGACGGUUAACGAGAACAAAAACAGCACUACCGUUAAAAAUACCGUAGCAAAAAGUAGCGCUGAUAUUAAAGACAGCACUGAUACUAAAGGAAACACUAAUGAAAGCAAGAGCAGCCGAAGCAAUAGCCCCUGUGUUACAGCCAGCUCCAGUCCCACUCCCACAACCACCAGUGAUGGCACCCCGAGUAAGUCCGAUUCCCCGUCACCAGCAUCUGCUAACUCUCGCACUCUCCCCUCCACUAGCUUCCUGGAUCCCAGCUUUUAUAAAGCCAAAAAGUCUCAGGAACAGCUGUCUGCCUUAAAGGAGAGCUUCGUCAUCAGCCAAUUCCCCAGUCAAGAGGAGGUGGACAGGCUUAUAAGUCUGACUGGUCUAACAGUUCGUGAGGUACGGAAGUGGUUUAGUGAUCGUCGCUACCAUUUUCGCAAUCACAAGGGCUCAAAAUCAAGCACCAGUGGUCAAACAUCAACAGCCACUAGUUCUUUAGUGUCCGGUGUCUCUGGUGAUAGUGGAGACAAUGUCGUGUCAUUGGAAAGGCCUAGAACUCCUCAGCAGGUACCACUGAGUCCUUCAAGGCAACAACAGACGACGCCACCAACGCCUACGCGACGUCACCCUCGGCCCCCGUCCCCAGACUUUACAGCAAUAAGGUACAAAGAAAGGGAGCCCCACCAGGUCCGAGCCCUCGAGGCGAGCUUCGCCCAAGAUCCUGAUCCAUCCGAAGAAGAGGUGGACAGGUUACGCGCAGAAACCAAGAUGACUCGACGUGAGAUCCAUGGCUGGUUUGCUGAGCGGCGGAAGAGAGUGGCAGCUGAGAAAAAGAAAGAGGAGUUGGAACGUGCAGAGCAGGAGGAAGAUGAUGAUGAUGACGAGGACAAUGAAGUUGUUGUGGGUGAAAAGGAUAAACAAGAGUUGGCAGAAGAAAAACACGACGAUGAGGAAUCAUCAGAAACAAACCAGCAAGUCAAGGAGGAUAUGUCAGGAACUGCUCCGAAGGUUAACCCGAUAAAGAUCAAUCUCAAAAUGCUGAAAGUCACCGAAGCCAAUGGAAAAGGUGAAAUGGAAGGUAGUCCACAACCAGAGAUGACUAAAGUGCCUUCUCCUGUCUCUCAGACUUCCACCCCACCACCACCACCACUGCCACCACCACCAUCUCAAACAUCAAACAGAGGAAAGAAGACACCAGAACAGCUCCAUCUACUUAAACAGGCGUUUGCUCGCACCCACUGGCCCAGCAGCCCCCAGUACAACGAGUUAAUCGCCAAAACUGGACUGCCGCGCCCAGAGGUGGUGCGCUGGUUCGGGGACUGUCGAUACGUCCUAAAGAACGGCCAGCUUAAGUGGCUCGAAAGCUACCAGUCAAUCGUAGAUGAGGAGGACUUCCAGAAAGGCAACAUCACUAUUCUCCAGGAACAUUUGAACCUCUAUGGAAAUCUGGUGGAGAACCAGCUGGAGGAGAUGGCCAAGUCCAGUGGAUUGAGCGAGGACUUGGUCAGGAAAUGGUUUGCAAAACAAACAAAAGCACACCCGCUGUCCGAGGACAGGAAGUCUGAGGACGUGGAACUUCCGCCCUGCACAACCAAAGGCAAAGCCGCCUUAAAGUCACUUCAGCAAGAUGAUGAAGACGAGAAAGGGGAACCGAUGGAGCUGACAGCGACUGACCUUAGUAAAGAUCAGACCCCGAAGAAGAUAACUGGAGAAGAUGUAUCUACCAGCGAUGAGCCAGAGUGUGAUGAGUAGAGCGGCCGUGUGCGGGACCAUGAGCCAGCCAGUGAGCGAGCAAGUGUGCGUACGUGCGUGUGUGAGAGAGAGUGACAGACACGUCUCGCUGUAGGAUGUCCACCACAGGAGGCCUUUUUACUGUAGAUCGCUGAAGAAUCCAGCACUCGAUGUGACGUCCUUGUGUAUUUUAUUUUUUUUUACCCAACAAAAUGUGUCAUGAGAUUCUUUUUAUCACUACGCCCCGUUUUUUUUUUUUUUUUUUUUAAAUUGAGCGAGAGGGACUAUUCAGGUCUAAGGAGACCGGAAAGAGGACGGAGUGACGGAUCGUACGGACGUGUGCUAACGGGGCACAGAAGUCAUCCGUGUAGGUUUGCGGUACGUUGAAUGAUUCAUGCUGCACAGCUGGACAGAAUUUUUUUUUUUUAAGAAAAAAAAAAAGAAAUUAAAAAAACAAAUCAUGAACACCUAGGAGACGUUUAUCCGUAUUCUGUAGUUCAAUUGCCUUUGUGUACAUUUUCCUGACAGCAAGUAAUAAAAAAAGACGAAGAGGAGGAAGAAAAAAGAAGAAAAACCAUCAUGAUUGUUUAAAGUGUUUCAGCGUUAUGAAUACUCUUUAGGGUUGUAUAAUUUUUACAGAUAUUUGCAGAAUAAAUACAUU